AUGGCAAUGUUCGGUAAGCAGCGAACAGUACUUUGUCGAUCUCAAAGAGCUGAGGCAGCAGCGACGGGAGCCGCAGCAGGCCAGGAGAGGGCAAGUCCUUCAAGAGCAACACGUCGUCGUUCCUCUAGCGCAGGUCCCCCUAUCCGCCGUCCAAUCACGCAUCCACCACGCGUCACACGUCCAGGGCGCAACUCCAUCACAGCACUCCGUGCGCCAUAA